GGUCAGUUGUCCGCGUGAGCCUCAUUCAGCUGUGUGCUGUGAAGGCUGGGUGAAUGGCUGCGGAGGCAGAAGAUGGAAACCGUGAAAAAAUGGAACAAGGAUUUUAUUGCACUUAACCAACUGGACAGGAAGAUCCACUCCAAGCAAAAUGGCAUGAUCGCCAAGAAUCUUCUGAAUACUCUCAAGAACUGCAACCAUUUCCAGCUCCAACCCAUUUCUCGUUCGGCAUGUGCUAUCGGCUCCUGUCCAGAUCUGAUGAUGAGUAGGAACGAGCAGCGUGAGUUGCGGUCAGCCCCCGUGGCUCUGACCCCACAGCUGCCACCCAGAACCCACCGGCCUCUCUGUUUCUCAGUGUCCUCGGACAGCAAUGGCCGCUUCAAAGCUCUGGAGACACAGGAAUGGAAGAACAAUCUCAAAGCUCAGAUGGAGCAGGCCCACAGCGCUGGUGCAGCCAGCAGCACGGGUUCUCUAGAGCGAGCCUCCCUUUUCUGUGCCUCUGGCUCCACCACUGCCUCCAGCUCAGGCCUCUCGAGUCCUGUGGAGCUUCUCGGCAAGAGCAAGUCCUCUAGCCGCUUCUCACUCUUCUCACCGCCGUGGAACAGCAGCUCUGAAUCUGACUCGAACCCUCCAUCGCGCUCCGGCUCCAAGAAACUGCGCCGCAGAGCAGGACCAGGGGGUGUCAAGACUAGCCCCGAGACACCCGAACCCAAACCGAGUGGCCCGGAACACUUCCACUACUCUGAACCUGUGAUCUCCAAAGUGACGGACUAUAUCUACGUUGGGAACGUUAAUGCAGCAUAUAGUGGCCGCAUGCUGUGCCGGAACAACAUCGACAGCAUUAUCGACAUGAGCAGCCUGCCAGGCGAGACAUGCCUCAACUUGAUCCCUUGCACAUGCUCGAGAGGCACCAAGCACAGCUGGUCACGCCUGAAAGUGCACAUGGAGGAAUCGGGCGAGCUGGGCGAAGAUGGAGCAGAGCUGCACCAGCGUUGCUUUGAUGCCAUCAACGAGUGCAUCGAUGCCUCGGCAGGAAAGAGGAAGCGAGUGCUGGUUCACUGCCGCGAUGGUUUCUCCCUCGCCCCUACAUGCGUCAUCCAGUACCUCAUGAUCAAGCAUAACAUGAGGCUGAUUGCUGCGUAUGAGCUGCUCAGGGCCAAGCAUCCAGUCAACAUCCGCGAGUGCCACCAGAAUGCUUUAGUGAGUCUGGAGAGGACACUUCGACCUGGUGGAAACACUGACCCUGAGUGCUUCAAACAGGCCAUCUCACGCAAGCUAGCUUGGACCUAAACAUGCAUUUCUUUUCAGCGUCAUACUGAUACACAUCUGGUAUACUUCUAGGACUGGCAGCUUGGGGCUAAUUACUAACCUUAGCGAUUAGCCACUGGCUAUUCAAAAAGCUUCAUUCAACCCCCCCCCCCCCCCCCCCCCAAACUUCUUCCAGAUUAAAUCUGAUAUGGAUAAACUCAAGAACAAGUACUGUAUAGCUGCUAAACAAGAGCACUGGAGUGAAAAUAUAUCUGCUCUGGUGUUAAGACUCUGGUGCUGAAGUCUUGUGAAUAUGAGGGUUGCAGCCAUAGUGUUACAUUUUUCUUUCAGGGUAGCAUGAUGGGAAAUCUCAGGAGACUCAGUGAUGUCAAAUCAUGUCUGGAUGGGCAGUGUAAAGCUUCUCCAAAUGGACCACCUUUGCACAGUGGUUAAGCAUCAGUCUAGUGCCAUGUUUCCCAACUCAGUCCUGAGGAACCUCCAGACUGUCCAAAUUUAAGCUCUCUCUUGGCUAGUAACAACCGCAAACCAAGCAAGAACACUCCAUAUCUGGCAGCUGUGUUGGGAGCGUGCAAAAAUGUGGACAGUCUGGGAGGGUUGGGACACACUGAUCUAGUAUCAAGUCUUUAACUGCUGCCAUUGUAAAAAUAAACCUGCAUUCAAUCCGAA